AGGUAUGAAGUCGAGCCUGUCAUGAGGUCCUAUGAGGCACCGGCCCAGGCCACGGAGGGCGGCACUCUGUGAUCCGGGGGGGGAGCGUCCCGUGAGCCGUGCGCAUGGACUCUCUUCGGAGGGUUGGCGCGCACAGACCCCAGCGGAGGGGCCGGGGAGCUCUCCAGGUGCGGAGGAUCACCUGGUAAAAUGGGGAGAGGAGGAACUGGCUCUCGAACCACAAGCAAGGCGGAUUACCUAUGUAUGAAGUCGAGCUUGUCAUGAGGUCCUAUGAGGCACCAGCCCGGGCCACGGAGGGUGGCACUCUGUGAUCCGGGGGGGAGCGUCCCGUGAGACGUGCGCAUGGACGCUCUUCGAAGGGUUGGUGUGCACAGACCCCAGUGGAGGGGGCGGCAAGCUCUCCAGGUGCGGAGGAUCACCUGGUAAAAUAGGGGGAGGAGGAACUGGCCCUCGAACCACAAGCAAGGUGGAAUACCCAAGGAGGAUGGUUACUCUUUGGGUCCGCUCGGUCCCUACAAACUUCUUGACACUGGUAAUAUGCUGUCGGUUUUCGUAUCCCAAUCCGCCUAUGGCUAGGUGGCCCCCACUCGUUGCGAGGCGGCGUCAUUGACCCUUGGGUUGGGGAGGGUAGGAUUCAGGCCCAUUGGAACCAGGGAAAAAGAGGAGGACCCAAUCGGAGCACUCCCUACAAGGGGUCUGAACCAAAUGGGUGCUCAACCAAUGCCAUAAAGAAGUUGAUGUCGGUGCAAGUUGCAAAACUCAUAUGCAGUGGUUGAGACGGUCAACUCUUUUUCAGGGGGAAAGCUCGAAGCUCACUUGAGGCCAAAAACCUGGAAAGAGACCCAUGUUGACUGUGGACGAUCUCGGUCGGAUGCAGGACGAUGCACGGGUCCCUGAACAUGUUAGUAGGUCAAGGACGGUGUGUUAUAGAGUUUUCUUAACGUGGAAUGACAAUUGGAAGCAUGGUGAUGCCACGUGGGAGUUAAUGCUUUCGAUCGCAAUCGAUCGUAGCCGUCGAAUAUUGGUAGAAUUACCCAGAUAACCAAAUGGGCAGUAGGGAUACUACCGCACCACAGCUUCCUUGUCUCCAGCGAAUCCUUCGCCGAUAAUUACAAACCCCGUCGUCGUGUAUUGUAUCCGCACAGUAACACUACGAUAUUCACGCGGCUGCAAGUUGGCAAGCCGAAUCUUCUGCAUAGCGCCAAACUUGUCCGUAGUUCCACAACUGUAGAUCGCUCGUUUAAUUCCA